AUGUCUCUUGAGGAAUGCAAGCGUAAGCGCUCGAACAUAAAGCGCAACAUUUCUCGCAUCAAAUCAAUCGUCGAAGCUGUAAGGGAGUCAGAAGACAAACUUUCUAAUGCUGAAUUGCAGUGUCGAUUAGGAAUCUUAGAGUCUUACUUUAAGCAAGCCUUGUCCGUACAAGUUGACAUCGAAGACUUAGACCCCACAGACAACGGCCGUGCAGACCUAGAAGACAGCUACGUUGCAGUCAAGUUGAGCAUCCAAGUGCAACUUGGAGAAGAUGUUAACACUACGGUACACUACCCGGAAACGCCUGCAGCUGCAUCUGUUACACCCUCGUCGCACCUACCAAGGUUGUCUCUACCAACUUUCAGUGGAGAUUAUGCAGAUUACAAGAAUUUCAUCACGACGUUUACCCAGAUCAUCGCCCGUGAACCCAGGCUGUCGAACAUUGAAAAAUUCAACUACCUUUUAUCAUGCUUAAAGGGUGCUGCACUAGAAACCGUUAAAGCAUUUCAGGUUACUAAUGAAAAUUAUUCGAAGGCUUUGGAUAGGCUUAAGGAACGGUUCGACAACCCGACCUUAAUUUUUUUGGAAGGCAUCGCCUCACUCUUCACGGCACCUGAGAAGUCAAACGCUCAACAACUGCGCAGCCUAGUAGACAAGGCAUCGGCUAUUUAUAGUUCUUUGGAGUCAUUGGGCUUAAGUACGAGCAUCGCACAAGCAAUGUUAAUCUACAUUGUAAUGGGCAAAUGUGAUCAGCAAACCAAAAACAAAUGGAACGAGUCACUUGAUUAUAAUUCGCUUCCGACUUGGCCGCAAUGCACUAAAGUCUUGGAAAGGCAUUGCCAGUUUUUGCACUCAUCUGAGUCGUCGUCGCAACGCAAACCCGAAGCUGGCAAGCAAACUCGCUUAAAUAUUCGUAACCAAAGUUCCUCAUUUGCUAUCACUAAUCCCACGUGUGUUCUUUGUUCCAGCUCCAACCAUAAAGUUGUCGGUUGCUCGCAAUUCAAGGAUAUGAAUACAAAUCAACGCUUUGACCUCAUCAAGAGGUAUGACCUGUGUAUAAAUUGCUUAGGCAACGGGCAUAAAAUGGCUCAAUGCCCUUCGAAGAACCGCUGUCGCACUUGCAAUCGAGCACACCAUACGCUGCUGCAUCAUGAGAAUGCAUCUCAGACUGUUCAGAUAACACAAUCAACUGUAUCUGCAUCCCAGCCAUCUGGAUCUAAUCGAUCGACCUGGCAAACGUCUUCACAGCAAUCAGCAGCAACCCACUCGCACAUGGGAGCAUCAGAAGAGGGUCAAGUUAUUCUGGCAACGGCUUUGGUGCUAGUGAAGGAUGUUACAGGUGCAUACAAGUUGGGAAGAGCCCUACUAGAUUCAUGCUCGCAACUCAACUUCAUCACCGAUGACUUCGCGCAAAAACUUCGUCUUCGUCGUGAGAAACACAAUGUGGGAGUCCGCAGUAUUGGUGAAUCGUUAACCAAUCUAAAGUCACGUACGACUACGACUAUCAAAUCGCGCACUUCAGCAUUUCAACUGUCGCUACAGUUUGGAAUCACUUCGCACAUAGCAUACCAGCCAGAAACCGAGAUCGACACGUCCGAUUGGAACUUGCCAGCUAAUACAAAACUUGCAGACGAAAAGUUUUUCAAGCCCCGGUGCAUCGACUUGUUGUUAGGCACAGAAGCAUUUUUUGACGCCCUUGCUGUUGGUCAAAUUCGACUGGGUUCUAACCUACCUAUACUCCAGAAGACGUCGUUCGGUUGGGUUGUCUCUGGUAGGCUUCGUAAUGAGCGUAAUGUGACGGCAUCAUCUUGCCUGUUGUCAAAUGAAAGCUCCAUCGACGAGAACCUGCAACGCCUAUGGAAACUAGAAGCCAUCAGUACGCCAACCAAAUCGAUUCAGCCGGAACAUCGCAUUUGCGAAGAGAUUUUCAUGAAAACUGUUCGUCAAGAUAACACUGGAUGCAUAAUAGUAAGUAUGCCUUUUAAAGAUGACCCCAUUUGUCUCGGAGACUCCUUCGAUGUUGCUCGCCGGCGAUUCCUCGCGCUUGAGAGACGCCUUCUAAGUUCGCCCGAAAUUCGUCCGCAGUACAUUGCCUUUAUGGAAGAGUACGAAGGUCUUGGCCACAUGUCAGAAGUAGCACAACCCAACUUAAAGGAGCCACACUACUACAUACCACAUCAUUGCGUGCUAAAACCUAGCAGUACCUCAACGAAACUUCGAGUUGUGUUUGACGCCUCGUGUCGCACCUCAUCGCAAACCUCAUUAAACGACCUAUUACUGGUGGGCCCAACAAUCCAACAAGAUUUAUACAUGCUACUACUGCGUUUUCGUUUGUAUCGUUACGCCAUCACCGCAGACGUGGCUAAAAUGUACAGGCAAGUACUUGUAGAUAAUAACUUUCGACAAUUCCAAUACGUACUUUGGCGAGCUUCCCCAGAUUCAGAUAUCCGCACGUACCAGCUGAACACGGUUACAUAUGGCACAGCCUCGGCUCCAUUUCUCGCAGUACGCAGCCUCCACUAUCUGGCGGACGAACACAUGGCAGAGCUUCCGAUCGGCGCUUCAGCAAUAAAAUCAUCUUUCUAUGUCGACGAUAUGUUAUGCGGUGCCGAAGAUGUGAAUGAGCUAUAUACCCUCAAGCAUCAAGUUGUCGAAGUACUCCGUCGCGGGCAAUUUCCACUAUCGAAAUGGCACUCAAAUCACCCCGACUUUAUGGAAGGGCAAGCCACAAAGGAGCUCAGUAUCACUGACGAUUACCCCAACGCUCGCAACAUUCAACUACAUGGGUUUUGCGACGCAUCGAUUCGGGCUUAUGGCUGCUCGGUAUAUGUACGCACUGAAGACUUACGCGGUCACGUUGUAGUUCAGUUGUUGACGUCGAAGUCGGGAGUCGCCCCAGUAAAAAAGCAGUCGCUCCCUAAACUCGAACUUUGUGGUGCGCAUCUUCUGGCUUGUCUUUACGCCGAAGUAAAGGAAAUCUUUGCUAACAAACCCAUUAACAGUUACUUUUGGACUAAUUCCCAAUUGGUGCUGUAUUGGCUGAAACAGCAUUCAAUUACGCUGUCAACUUUUGUGGGAAAUAGAGUAUCCGACAUACAGGAGUUGACUGGUGGUGGACAAUGGAGACACGUUCCAACGCGCGAUAAUCCUGCAGACCUUGUAUCUCGAGGUUGCUCUACUGCGGAUCUCAAAUCAUCAAGUUGGUUUUCCGGUCCAGCCUUCCUACUUCAGGAUCAGUCCAAAUGGCCAAACAACAAGGCUCUAGCUGAUCUGGAUGCGAAUAUUAUCAAUGCAGAAAAACGCAAAACGGCUUUCACAGUAAUUAAGGAAAUAAAUCAUAUUCUUGACGUCAUGAAUGGCAUUAGUUCUUAUCCUCAUUGCUUACGUUUCGUCGCCUGGCUAUUUCGGUUCUCCGACUCGUGCAGGAAGCAGUCAACAUUCACUACAGCUUCACCAUCGCCUGAAGAAUUGCGACGCGCAUCGCAUUGCAUAGUAUGGAACACGAUUCGACCGGCUUUGAGCUCAUCAAGGGCACCCCACUUCGGCGGCCUCUGGGAGGCAGCGGUUAAAAGCGCAAAGAGACUGCUAUAUCGCACAUUGGCUCAUACAAGGUUAACCUUUGAAGAACUAAGCACCGUCGCCGUGGAGAUAGAAGCCAUACUAAACUCGCGCCCACUCUCCCAGCUGUCAUCAGAUCCUAACGACUUCGAAGUACUCACUGCUGGGCAUUUUUUGGUCGGUUCACUGGAAGAUCGCAACAUAUCGAACUUGGAUCGGUAUGAUAUGAUCACGGCUAUUAAGCAACGCUUUUGGCCGCGCUGGUCUGCGGACUACGUCAACGAAUUGCGCGCACGGGUCAAAUGGACGACUCCUGCACCCAACCUGACAGAAGACACAUUAGUCAUCAUCCACGACGAUAACCUGCCACCACAACGUUGGAAGCUUGGUCAAGUUGAGUCCACCGCACUUGGACGAGAUGGUCACAGUGGAUGA